UCAUCAUCAUCAUCAUCAUCAUCAGUCAUGGUCUCUCGUUCUCUCCUGUUGGUUCUGCUGGUUCUCGCCUGCCAUCAAUUCUUCACAUCGGCCGAAAGUGAAAAUGAUGUAAAGAAAUGCUGUUUCAGUUACCAGAAGAGUCCAAUCCCUGUAAAACUCAUUACAGCGUAUGAAGAAACAGACUUUCGGUGUACAAACCCUGGAGUCAUCUUUACUCUAAAGAACGGCAAAAAGGCGUGUGCAGAUCCUGAAGACGGGUGGGUGAAGAAUCACAAGAACACAAUCGACCAGCGCGAGUUUAAAAACCUGUCUUAAACUCAGCCGAGUGUUUAAAUCCUCUCUCCGUUAAUAAGUAUUUUUUAAUCAUAGUUAAACAAACUUUUGUUUGAAUUAGUUUUGCAUUGU